GAAUUCCUGACGGAGUCACUGCCCGUGGAUAUGAUUGGAAUGAACUGUCGUCUGAUGUCUCAGUACAUAGAAUUUGUUGCAGAUCACUUGCUAGUUGAACUUGAUUGUGAGAAGCUCUACAAGGUGAACAAUCCAUUUGAUUUUAUGGAGAAUAUUUCCAUUGAUGGGAAAACAAAUUUUUUCGAGAAGAAGGUUUCCGAGUACCAGCGUCCUGGUGUCAUGACGACAGAAAACGACAGACAGUUCCAGCUAGAUGCCGAUUUUUAG